AAGAAGGUAACCAGGGAAAGUAAAACUGCAUUCUACGAUACACUAGAGAGAUCCUUGCCUUGUGAACAUACAUUGAGUGAUCACAUUUCACCCGCACGUUACUACGAGAUUGAAUGUCCACUAGGAAAACUGACUGAGCACCAGGAAGAAGCAAUAGAACAAGUCAGAAAUUGUAUUGUUCAUACGGCAAAAAGUCUUCCACAUUGGGAUGAAAAAAUUCCACAUAUAUGGUCUAUGUUUGAGCAAUUUAUUCGAGAACACAAAAUACAGAAAAUUUUACACAGAAAAAGCCUAAAAACAGAGCAAGAGUUUAGGUCUCUGGGCGAAAAUGACCUUGAUGAUAUGCUCAGAUACUUUUCGGAGGUAGGCCAGAUAAUCUAUUUCUCGGAAGAAGGUUUGAGACACAGCAUUAUACUGGACGUUGGUUGGUUUGUAGACGCUUUUAAAAAUAUCAUAACAGACCCUACUCACGCUCGCUCAGCGUGCAGUAGGGUUAAAGAGUGGGACAUUUUUAUGAAGAAUGGAAUGAUUUCAGAUUCAACACUGGUCAAGGUAUGGAGGGAAAACAAAAAGGAAUCGUAUGUUCUUCAGAAGGAUCAUAUUAUACCAUACAUGGAGAAACUUGGCAUUCUUGCAAAAAUGAAAACCCAAGAAAUUGAGGUGAAAGACGCGGAAUUGUUAGAGAAUAAACAAGAGUCCUUGUACUACAUCCCAAGUAUCAAUAAGACUGAUUUCACAACAAAAGGCUUUAAUUUCUUCAACAACGGAUAUAAAACUCCGAUUUUGGUUUUUUCUUUCAAAACGUAUAUUCCACAUUUCUUUUUCUUUAGACUUGUUGCAAUAUGUUUUUCGAAGUGGGAGUUAUUACGGAAGGACCGUCUCUGUAAAAACGUUGCCUUUUACAAGGAAAAGGGGGGUGAUAUUAACAUUGCUAUUGCUGUUAAUAAAACGUCCAUUCAAUUGCAAGCAUUUACUCCAGAUGAUAAAAUCAAUCUAAAAAGCUCAGAUACCAAGAAUAUCAGAAUUCAAAUUGAACGUUUGCUUCGGGAGGUUACUACUACUUUCCAUCACCAAGUCAUCUAUGAGGUUGGGUAUCCGUGUAGAGACAUAAAUAUCACCGAAGAAGAUGAGCAUUGCUUUUUAUCAGAAAGAACAGUCGCCGAGCUAAAAACGAAUGAACGAGUUUGCCCGAAUUUUAUAAAGGAGGAUCAUGAAAAGCAUCAGAUUGUUCGUGACGACCUGCUGCAUUACUGGUACACGGGAUUUGAUAGCAGAGCCCAUUCUUCUUGGUGGUUGGACUAAAAGAAAUUGAUUGUAAAACGAAACAGUUUAAAUGUACAAAGCGAGCUCUACUUUCUCUUAUCAUUUCUGUUUCACGCUGGUGGUCUAUAUAAAUACGUAUUGAUAGAAAAAUUAAUAUGUAUUGAAUUAAUUCUGCAUUCAUCUGUUGAGGUUGACUAAAAAAAAAUAACAGAAUUAGACUCGGCCAUUCAGUGAAUUGAAAAUCUACUGAAAGAUCACAUGUAGUGGAAAACAGAUCUUUAUCAUUUAAGCAUUAAUAUGAUUACUUUAUUGAAUGCAAGUAUUAAUAUUAACCCCGUAUAAAAAAAAAACAUAUAUAUAUAUGAAUAUGUUUUAAACAUUAUAUGUAC